UGUUGUUGAAUAUCUCACGCGUGUAAUUGAAUCAUUGUGGAGCAGAUGUUAAAAUCCAGUGAUGGCCAAACUCAUGCACCUCAGCUACAGGCCAAUUUAUGGUCGUUAUCCCAGUCAUUCGUUUGCCAUGAAAGGCAAUCUAAUUUUGGUACUGGCCUUUAUAAUUUUCGGUUCAGCGUUUGCCUUGAGAGCCAAAAUCACCCGGGUCGAAUGCAAAGAAUUCGACAAGGCCUUUGCCUCGAUUACCAAAUGCUAUUUGAAGGCUUUGUCACGUUACAAAUCGGCGUUUAGCCUUUAUGUGGCGCUGCAUCAAGUGCCGGUGGACAAUGUUACGUUCAAUGCAGCCCUCUUCCGCAAGGGCAACAAUGGCUAUUGCCCCUUUAUGUACAACCACACCGUGGACUUUUGUCGUUUUUACAAAAAUCCCAAUCGUUUUAUGUUUUGGAAAAUUGUCUUUUUCAACAUCGUGGCGCCAGCUUCGAAUAUCAAUCACACCUGUCCCUAUGAUCAUGACAUUAUUUUGGAGAAGCUGGUGUUGGACAGUGAAAUGUUUAAGUUGAUACCCUUCCCAGCGGAUGAGUACAUGGUGAGGGUCAAAAUUGCCGCCUACAAUCAUUAUAAGGCGGAAAUUCGUGCCUACAUACAAAUCUCAGAAUAAGUUGGGUGAAAAGGAGAGGAAGGGAAUGGUGUAUUUUUAGUGGGUUGGAGAAAAAUUUACAAAACUUGAAUAAAACACCAUUCUGGCAAAGUCCAUCUCCAAAAGUCUGAAUAUUUUCGAAAAAUCCUUGAAAACAAAUUUAUUAAACUUUUAAUAUCCUCCACCAUUUUGAAAAAUCUUGAAAAUCUCAAAAAAAAAAAAAAAAAAAAUGCGUCGUAAAAUACCGCUU